GCUUGAUGCUAUUUGACAACAGGAGGAGUUGACAGCCGAAGAAGCGACAGGUGAAUGAUUUACAACAUCCAAAUUUCACCUGUCCAGCUCUUCAUUAUAUUAAUGAAACCAAAACCGAUCCUGUUCGUCUGUUUGCGGCUUUGGGCCUCCAAAUAAAAUUAACAUUUUGUUGCCUAAAGAGUUGCCAAAAGGAGUAACCCGCUACGGAGGAGCCUUGAUUAGCAGCAACUGCAGAUUAAGAAUGGUGCAAAUAUAAAGGUUCUGCCUCUGGACGUCGGCAUGUAAAAGAGGAGAAGGUCAGUCGCAGGUAGAGCAGCAUCAUAGAAGCAGGAAGCAUGUUGUCAGGGGAGGAGAUCCUGUGCAGCACGCAGCAGGUGAUCGCAGGGCUGGAAGCUCUGAAAGGGGAGAACCGCAGUUUGCUGGACGACCUGCAGGAGGCGAUGGAGAGCCACCCGGCGUCUCACAGCAGCGGCGUGGAGCAGGAGAAGAGCAGCAUCAUCCGACAGUCGCUGGACAGGAUCGAGCUGGGGCUGAGCGAGGCUCAAGUGAUGAUGGCUCUGUCGUCUCAUCUUGGCUCAUUGGAGGCAGAGAAGCAAAAGUUACGAGCUCAGGUGCGCCGCCUCGUUCAGGAGAACCAGUGGCUGAGGGACGAACUCGCCGGCGCUCAGCAGCGGCUGCAGGACAAGGAGCAGGAGGUCGUGACCCUGGAGGAGCAGAACAAACACCUGCAGUUCAUGUCCUCCAUACGCAAAUACGACCAGGAUGAGCCGCCUCUGGAUGAGAAAGAAACUUCCUCCAACAAGGAAUCUCUGGAUGAUUUGUUUCCUGCUGAAGACGAGGAACCGUCCCAGAUGUCCCAGCCUCAUCACAGCAGCGCGGCGGCGGCGGCCCAGCAGGGCGGCUACGAGAUCCCCGCCCGCCUCCGAACGCUCCACAACCUGGUCAUCCAGUACGCGUCUCAAGGUCGCUACGAGGUCGCCGUGCCGCUCUGCAAACAGGCUCUGGAAGACCUGGAGAAGUCCUCCGGCCACACACACCCAGACGUAGCCACCAUGCUGAACAUCCUGGCUCUGGUGUACAGAGAUCAGAACAAGUAUAAAGAGGCAGCGAACCUGCUGAACGAUGCUUUGGCGAUCAGAGAGAAAACUCUUGGCAUGGAUCAUCCGGCUGUGGCAGCUACUCUGAACAACCUGGCUGUGCUUUACGGUAAAAGAGGAAAAUACAAAGAAGCGGAGCCGCUUUGUAAACGAGCGCUGGAGAUCCGAGAGAAAGUUCUGGGUACGGACCAUCCCGACGUGGCCAAGCAGCUCAACAACCUGGCGCUGCUGUGCCAGAACCAGGGGAAGUACCAGGAAGUGGAGCAGUACUAUGAACGUGCUCUGCACAUCUACCAGAGCAAACUGGGGCCGGACGACGCCAACGUGGCCAAAACCAAGAACAACCUGGCGUCAUGUUAUCUGAAACAGGGAAAAUACAGACAAGCGGAAGCGCUUUACAAAGAGAUUCUGACCAGAGCUCAUGAAAAGGAAUUUGGAUCUGUGGAAGGAGACGGCCGUCCCCGCUGGUCCAACAUGGAGGACGGCGGCGCCGCGCAGGACGGACUGAAGCGCAGCAGCUCCUUCACCAAACUCCGGGAGUCGAUACGCCGGAGCAGCGAGAAGCUGGUCCGCAAGCUAAAAGGAGUCGGGAUGGAGGAGAUGACCCCAAGGAAUGCUGGGAUGAAGAGGGCGAACUCUCUGAACGUGUUGAACGUUGGAACCAGAGAAAAUCUCGACGGCACUCAGUCCAGCCACCUGGUGGACAGUCGAGGCCUGAGCUGCAGCACACAGAGCCUGAACAGACGGGGAUCGCUCGGUGGGACCAGCUAGCACGAAAAUAACACAAAUCAUUUAAAUACAAGGAAAACUGAUGGAUUGUUUUAAAACUGGACUCAAAAAUGCUGCUGUGAAUCAGCAUCAAGAGGAUUCCCCACCAUGAGUCUCCAAAAGAUGGUCGGUGAAAACUGGGGGUCAAAGGUCGAAUUUGGCUGUAGGACAGUUUUCCUGACCUUCAACAAGGUUUAAGUGUUUCUGCAACAUUUCCUUUUCUUGCUCCUGUUUUCUGAAUUGUAAGAAUCAAGUUUAACAAUUUUAAACGCUAAAUCUUUAAAACAAAACAAAAUAAUCUAUUUAUUCUUUUUAACAACCAAGAAAAAAAUCUAGAAAUCUCAAAUAGUUUCAUUAGAAACGUUCAUCAUGAAGAAAAAAAUUUAAAAAUUCUGUGUUCAUAAAGUAGGUUGUUAUUAACUUUAACAUAUCAAUUAUCAAGUUAUUUUUUAUCUUUGAUUUGGGACCAAAGUUGCAACAUUUGUUCCAUUUCCAGCUGCUGCUUUACUUUUUCAAACUGCACUGAAUCAAACCCUUUGAAAAACCUGUUCCCCUCCUGGCCUGUGGGGGCGCUGCACCAACAACCACUGAAGGAAACGACAUAAAAACCUCUGCAGAAGACACUGACCGCAACUUCCUUCUUCGUGAAAUGUAAACAGAGAUGGAGUAGCGACAGAUUUUAGAGGUUGGAGGAUUUUUACUGAUUUUGGUUAAAGACCACGAGCGCUAGGCUAGGCUAGCAUGUUUGUUUUGGUUGUAUUUACCCAGAAUGCCCUGCACUGUAGACCACUUACUAGGCAAACAAACUAGAGUUCGAUUAAAGCGGACCAAACAGGACUGGUGUGAAUUUAUGACAUUGUAUUUCGGCCAUUGAUUAAAAAAAAGAAAAAUAAAUUUCUGCCAAAACCUUGAAAAAUUUCUAGAAAAAAUACCGAAACAAUUUGUGAGUUUGAAAAGUCAAAAAAUUGCAAAAGAAAAAAUGAAAUUCUGAAAUUAAUCUUAGAAAAUUUCUAGAAAACAACUUGGAAAGUAAAAAAUUUAAACUUUUGAAGCUGAAAUUUCUAAGUUUCCUUAAAAGUUCAGGAUUUUUUUGGUGGACAUUUUUUUUUCUUUCUAUCUACAAUGGCCUUAGUAUGUUUCCACAUAAAUGGACCUCAGUUUAAACAACAUAAUGGAGUCAACUGGCAUCAGAAAUCUGACAGAUCAGGAGGAUUUUUAACAGAAGGACAAUUUUUUAAAUUAGGUUAAACACUAAGAUGGUUUCUCUUUUGUUGAGUCAAUUUCUGCUUUUAUAGAUUAAAUAGAUUAAAUUUGGCAAUCCCUGACUCUGGUCCUGAUCUGUAAACCAAAUAGAAAAAUGAUUUACUGAUUCUUUCUCUACACAAAUAAAACAACUUCACUGCAUUUUUAUUAACAUUUUGCAUGUUUUAUUUGUAAAACACUAAAGGUUUGGACACAGCUGGUUAAUCGUUUCUAGCAGGAUUGAACAUUUGAAAAAGUUUAUAAAAUUGUAGCUUUAUUGUCUGUUUUAGUGAAGUAUUUAAAGUUCAAAGGUCAAACAUGUUUUUGUUAAAGAUGGAAGUUUCUGCUCUCCAUGUUCUGAUUGUCAGAUUUCUUGUGUUUAUGAAUGAUUUUAUAUUUGCUGUUAAAUCACUGCUGUUUGUUUGGGGAGUUGAAGUUAUACUGUUAGUUACCAUAGAAACCGUAUUUGAAAAUAAAACACAUUUAGGGUUAAAACUGAAGAAGUUUACUCUGGUUUAGAGGAAUGUUUGUGUUUUAUAUCUGCAGCUUUGUAAAACGUUAAAUAGGAUUAAAGAGAAUUUAAACCA